AUUUCCUUAUCCAACUCCAGUUUUUUUGUCUGACGUCCAGUCCAGGUUUUAUUGUUUUGUGUUGCGUUCGGGAAGCCGUUUCUAGUCAUCUAUCCACGUCGACGCCCUCGCUACCAACACAAAAAGACGGGCUGACCAUGUCUCCCAGGCGUACCACAAAACAAAAAGCAGUCAUGCCACCUUUUUGUUCUCCACGAUGUCGCCCAAGAUAGUCACGUCCAUCAGUCCGUCUACCUAUAAAGCAUCCCAAACGAUGGCGGAGGAAAUCCAGCUAAUUGUUCGUUCACCCUCGUCGCCAGACCGUUCUCGUGGAAUAACACCAUGGCCCCUGCUGCUGCCAACUAUUACACUCCUCCCACUCAUGCCCCUCAGAAGCAACGCGGAUAUCGCAUCUGCGAUACUUGCGGUGCAGUGGAGAACCCCUCCAUCCAAAAGUUCCGUCUCUGCGGUGGAUGCUUAACCACCCAGUACUGUUCCCCCGAAUGUCAAAAGUCCCACUGGCCAUCUCACAAAGCCAUCUGCCAACAUACCGCCGCCCAACUUUCAGGUGCCAAACAACAACCUACUGGCCCAUCUUACCCGGAUGAAAACCUCGCCAAGUACCUUCGCAAAUUCACCUCUACACAUGCAUCACUACUCGGGUGGGCCGGCUUUCAGGCGCUGCAAUUGAAGAGGAUCCCAGCGAACAUUAGACAGCAUGCGUUGUUGAUCGAGCUGAGUUAUCAUCCGUGUAAGGAGUCGCUAUUUCGGUACGUUCCUUUCCGUUCCUUGCGGUGCGAUGGAUCCCGUCCUGUUUCAAAUUUCAACGCCCAACCGCUAACCCGAUUUCAACACCCACUCAGGUUCUCAAUAGCAGAAACACACAUCGUCCCGCGUUCCUACGUCACUUCCCAUGAUGCCCUCGUUGCCGCCGACAUCGAUCGGCGCGAGGACCGAUGCCGAAAAAGUGGUGGCAUCGGCACCCUCGUCAUCCUCGUGCAAUGCGGUGGUAUCAGCCAAGUCAUGCCCGUCGAGGUUGACCCACCAAGUAAAAUCACGUGGGAUUCCAGAGAGGACUGGAAGGAGGUGUUGAAACAUUUUGUGGAUUCGGGAAGGUCGGAUUUCAAGCCAAUAUCGACUACUGCGAGAGGGGUUGUCUAUGGAUGAUGAACGCGCCUGAUUUUGUGGGCCACUUUUCUCUCGCUCAACGUUGACCGUUGCAGGCGCUCCUUCUUGCGAUAUUUUGAGCUGUGAGGGUGAUGACUUUUGUUUAUUUGGCAUACUGUAUCUUCGAUAUAUCACUGUACAUUAUCCAUACACCCACCUCUCUUCCUUUCACAUACUCAUCCUAGUUUCAUGCUGUGUCGUUUUCCAUCGUACGUUGUCCUAAUUAGUUUCUCGAGCGAAUGAUAAGCCGAAUUA